GGGCCUCUCCUUUCUUGAAGGCUUCUUAGAAUUCCACAGUGGUCUUCUUCUUCUCCUGCCCAUCUCCAGUGCGACUACCGAACCCUAACCCUAGAUUUCUCUAUCCAAUGGCGUGGGCGACGCGGUUCCUCUCGGCGGUGGCGUUCCUGGCGGUCGGAGUGGUCUUCGCGCCGGACCUCUUUGGGUCGGGGCCGGCCUCCCCUGCCGCCGCCGUCUCUGUUGCCAAAAUCGCCCAUCUCCUCUGCUUCGCCACCUGCUGGGGCGCCGCCCUCUGGGUCACCUUCAUCGGCGGCAUCAUCAUGUUCAAGUAUUUGCCGAGACACCAGUUUGGGAAUCUACAGAGCAAGAUGUUUCCGGCGUACUUCAUGCUGAUAUCGGUGUGUGCGGCGAUCUCGGUGAUGGCAUUCGCCUACCUCCACCCAUGGAAGUCGGCAUCGUCCCUUGAGAGAUACCAGCUUGGGUUCCUUCUCUCUGCCCUUCUCUUCAAUCUCUCCAACCUCCUUGUCUUCACCCCCAUGACCAUCGAGAUGAUGAAGCAGAGGCACAAGGUUGAGAGAGAGCUCAGCAUUGGUGAGGAAGUGGGAUGGUCAAAGAACAGGGAAGUAGCAAAGUCUAAUCCAAAACUUGCAGGCAUGAACAAGAAAUUUGGAAUGAUCCAUGGCUUAUCCUCGCUUGCCAACAUCAUGGCAUUUGGGAGCCUUGCAAUGCAUUCAUGGUACUUAGCAGGUAAAAUGCAGCUGUAAGCGCAGCAUUGGACAUUCUUGGGUUUUGUAAAAAAAUCGCUUAGCCAUUGGCUUCACCAUGAUUAGAUGGCUAUGCACCCCACCUCUGUUGAACUUGGUGCUCGACUAUGUUCGGGAAACAUGCAGUUGUCUUCUCCAUCAUAAUUGUUUGAAAACUCAUCAUGGUCAGAUAUGUUUUACUAUCUUUUUCAUUUGCAUAGAGUGGAUACACUCUUUUCUCAGACAUCAGUUUCUUGCUGCAUUGUUGGAAUACAAUUAUUCAGCAUAGAUGAGUUUGUCAUUCCUGAGACAAUGAAUAAUAAAAGUUUUGAUCAGAUCAGAGACAUAA